AUGAGUCUCCUUCAAUUUACCGCUAGAAGGUUGGUUUCCCAAGCGUACUGUGGACUGAAGGCUGCUUCUUCAAAGAAACAGAAGUUUUGCUUGGAAAUGGCUCGACCUAGUUCAAGCAUGGCUGACUUCCGAGAAGUGUUUGCCAAAGCGAAGCAUAUAGCCAUCAUCACAGGAGCCGGUGUUAGCGCGGAGAGCGGAGUUCCUACCUUCCGAGGGGCCGGAGGUUUCUGGAGGAAGUGGCAAGCCCAGGAGCUGGCUACGCCAGAGGCUUUUGCGCGAAACCCUUCUCGCGUAUGGGAAUUUUACCAUUACCGCCGGGAAGUGAUGUUGAGUAAACAUCCAAACCCUGCACAUAUCGCCAUUGCGGAGUGCGAAAGGCGACUGAGCAAGCAAGGAAGGAGCGUUGUGGUCAUCACUCAGAACAUUGAUGAACUACACAGAAAGGCAGGCACAAAGCACCUCUUAGAAAUUCACGGUAGUUUAUUUAAAACUCGAUGCACCAACUGUGGAAACGUGGCGGCGAAUUACAAGAGUCCAAUAUGCCCCGCAUUGGCCGGGAAAGGGGCUCCAGAUCCCGAAACAGAAGACGCCACGAUUCCAGUUGAAGACCUUCCUCAGUGUGAGGAGGACGGCUGCAACGGGCUCCUCCGCCCCCACGUUGUGUGGUUUGGUGAAACGCUGGAUCCUGACAUUCUCACGGAGGUUGAGAAGGAGCUUGAGAUAUGCGACCUCUGCUUGGUAGUCGGGACCUCCUCCGUGGUGUAUCCUGCCGCUAUGUUUGCCCCUCAGGUAUCCGCCAGAGGAGUGCCGGUUGCAGAAUUUAACAUGGAAGCUACUCCUGCUACAAACAGAUUCAGGUAA